UAUGUACUUCCGGACCUGUUUUGUUCCGUUUCCCGAAGAAUACGGGCUGCUGUACGCGUUGCUUGUGGGGUUGUAAGAGUGGAGGAUAUUCUGGCCCGCGGGUUCUUGCAUCUCGGAGUUGGUAACCGCAGCCGCCUCUUAGAGGAAGUGCAGCGGGUUUCCCGCUUCUCAGGGCGGUCCUUUCUUUUCCUCUGGAGCGGAGGGAGAGUGCAGCCAUGACGGCCCCUGCUCAGCCCAAGAAAAUCGUGGCCCCGACGGUGUCCCAGAUCAAUGCGGAGUUCGUGACUCAGCUAGCUUGUAAAUACUGGGCUCCUCAUAUCAAGAAAAAAUCACCUUUUGAUAUAAAGGUAAUUGAAGAUAUAUAUGAGAAAGAGAUUGUCAAAUCAAGAUUUGCCAUCAGAAAGAUAAUGCUCUUGGAAUUCAGCCAGUAUCUUGAAAAUUACCUCUGGAUGAAUUAUUCUCCAGAAGUGUCCAGCAAGGCCUAUUUAAUGUCAAUCUGCUGUAUGGUGAAUGAGAAGUUCAGAGAAAAUGUCCCAGCUUGGGAGACUUUUAAGAAGAAGCCAGACCACUUCCCAUUCUUUUUCAAGUGUAUAUUGAAAGCGGCAUUAGCUGAAACCGAUGGUGAAUUUUCACUCCAUGAACAGACAGUCCUACUGCUUUUUCUUGAUCAUUGCUUCAAUAGUUUGGAAGUAGACUUGAUACGAAGUCAGGUACAGCAGCUCAUCUCCCUCCCAAUGUGGAUGGGCUUACAGCCUGCACGACUGGAAUUAGAAUUAAAAAAGACACCUAAACUAAGAAAAUUCUGGAACUUGAUUAAAAAGAAUGAUGAAAAGAUGGAUCCAGAAGCAAGAGAACAAGCCUAUCAAGAAAGAAGAUUUCUUUCACAGCUCAUCCAGAAGUUUAUCUCUGUGCUGAAGUCAGUCCCGCUUUCUGAACCUGUCACUAUGGACAAAGUUCAUUACUGUGAAAGAUUCAUUGAACUUAUGAUUGAUCUAGAGGCCCUCCUCCCCACAAGGCGCUGGUUUAAUACCAUCCUGGAUGACUCCCACCUUUUGGUUCACUGUUACCUUUCCAAUCUUGUUCAUAGGGAAGAGGAUGGCCAUCUUUUUUCCCAGCUUUUGGACAUGCUUAAGUUCUAUACUGGUUUUGAGAUUAACGACCAGACUGGAAAUGCUCUGACGGAGAAUGAGAUGACUACGAUUCACUAUGAUAGAAUUACUUCUCUACAGAGAGCUGCUUUUGCACAUUUCCCUGAACUGUAUGAUUUUGCCCUCUCAAAUGUGGCAGAAGUAGAUACUCGGGAAUCCUUGGUCAAGUUUUUUGGACCUCUUAGUUCAAAUACACUCCACGAGGUGGCAUCGUACCUCUGCUUGUUACCCACUCUUCCUAAAGGUGAAGACACAACUUUUGAUAAAGAAUUUCUUUUAGAAUUACUGGUGUCUCGUCAUGAACGUCGAAUUUCUCAGAUUCAGCAGUUGAACCAAAUGCCUUUAUAUCCAACUGAGAAAAUUAUAUGGGAUGAAAAUAUUGUCCCAACCGAGUACUAUUCUGGAGAAGGUUGUCUUGCUCUUCCAAAGUUGAAUUUGCAGUUUUUGACUCUUCAUGAUUACCUCCUAAGGAACUUCAAUCUCUUCCGCUUGGAAUCAACUUACGAAAUUAGGCAGGACAUCGAGGAUAGUGUCAGCAGAAUGAAGCCAUGGCAGUCUGAGUAUGGCGGUGUAGUAUUUGGUGGUUGGGCGCGAAUGGCCCAGCCUAUUGUGGCUUUCACUGUGGUUGAGGUUGCCAAACCCAACAUAGGUGAAAACUGGCCAACCAGAGUUCGUGCAGAUGUUACCAUCAACCUGAACGUCAGGGAUCACAUCAAAGAUGAAUGGGAAGGACUUCGGAAGCAUGAUGUAUGCUUUUUAAUUACUGUGCGUCCCACAAAACCUUAUGGUACCAAAUUUGACCGCAGGAGACCUUUUAUAGAGCAAGUUGGCCUGGUUUAUGUCAGAGGCUGUGAAAUCCAGGGCAUGCUGGAUGAUAAAGGGCGUGUCAUUGAAGACGGACCUGAACCCAGACCCAAUCUUAGAGGAGAGUCAAGGACAUUUAGAGUGUUUCUGGAUCCGAACCAGUAUCAACAAGACAUGACCAGUACUAUACAGAAUGGAGCAGAAGAUGUGUAUGAAACUUUCAACAUAAUAAUGAGGAGAAAACCAAAGGAAAAUAACUUCAAGGCUGUGCUGGAGACUAUUCGGAACCUGAUGAAUACUGAUUGUGUGGUACCUGACUGGCUACAUGACAUCAUUUUAGGUUAUGGGGAUCCAAGCAGUGCGCAUUAUUCAAAAAUGCCCAAUCAGAUCGCCACCCUUGAUUUCAAUGAUACAUUUCUCUCCAUUGAGCAUUUAAAAACCAGCUUUCCUGGUCAUAAUGUUAAAGUAACUGUGGAUGACCCAGCUCUCCAGAUACCCCCUUUCAGGAUAACUUUCCCAGUAAGAAGUGGCAAAGGGAAGAAAAGGAAAGAUGCGGAGGGGGAAGAUGAAGACAGUGAAGAGGCAAGAACCUUAAUUGUUGAACCUCACGUUAUCCCUAAUAGAGGUCCUUAUCCGUACAACCAACCCAAACGUAAUACGAUUCAGUUCACUCAUACACAGAUAGAGGCCAUCCGUGCUGGAAUGCAGCCUGGUCUAACUAUGGUUGUGGGCCCACCAGGUACAGGAAAAACAGAUGUGGCAGUCCAAAUCAUAUCCAACAUCUACCACAACUUCCCAGAGCAGAGGACUCUGAUUGUUACUCAUUCCAAUCAGGCCCUGAACCAGUUGUUUGAGAAAAUUAUGGCUUUAGACAUUGAUGAGCGCCACCUCCUGCGUCUUGGUCAUGGAGAAGAAGAGCUGGAGACAGAGAAAGAUUUCAGCAGGUAUGGAAGAGUUAAUUACGUCCUCGCUCGAAGAAUAGAACUUUUAGAAGAAGUGAAACGAUUGCAGAAGAGUCUGGGGGUUCCAGGAGAUGCUUCAUAUACUUGUGAAACUGCAGGCUAUUUCUUCUUAUAUCAGGUAAUGUCUCGUUGGGAAGAGUAUAUCAGCAAAGUGAAAAACAAAGGUAGCACGUUGCCGGAUGUCACGGAAAUCUCCACUUUCUUCCCUUUCCAUGAAUACUUUGCAAAUGCUCCUCAACCCAUUUUUAAAGGCCGAUCUUAUGAAGAAGACAUGGAAAUCGCAGAAGGAUGUUUCAGGCAUAUUAAGAAAAUCUUUACUCAGCUUGAGGAAUUUAGAGCUUCUGAACUGCUUCGAAGUGGACUAGACAGAUCUAAAUACCUUUUGGUGAAAGAAGCCAAAAUCAUUGCUAUGACCUGUACUCAUGCUGCCUUAAAACGACAUGAUUUAGUCAAGUUAGGUUUCAAGUAUGAUAAUAUUUUAAUGGAAGAGGCUGCUCAGAUUCUGGAGAUAGAAACUUUUAUACCUCUUCUUCUACAGAAUCCUCAGGAUGGUUUUAGCCGACUAAAACGAUGGAUUAUGAUUGGUGACCAUCACCAGUUACCUCCAGUCAUUAAGAACAUGGCCUUUCAGAAGUAUUCAAACAUGGAGCAGUCUCUCUUCACUCGCUUUGUUCGGGUUGGAGUUCCUACCGUGGACCUUGAUGCCCAGGGGAGGGCCAGAGCAAGCUUGUGCAACCUCUACAACUGGCGAUACAAGAACCUAGGGAACUUACCCCACGUGCAGCUCUUGCCAGAGUUCAGUACAGCAAAUGCUGGCUUGCUCUAUGACUUCCAGCUCAUUAAUGUUGAAGACUUUCAGGGAGUCGGAGAAUCGGAACCUAAUCCUUACUUUUAUCAGAAUCUUGGAGAGGCAGAAUAUGUAGUGGCACUUUUUAUGUACAUGUGUUUACUUGGUUACCCUGCUGACAAGAUCAGUAUUCUAACAACAUACAACGGGCAAAAGCAUCUUAUUCGUGACAUCAUCAAUAGACGCUGUGGGAGCAAUCCAUUGAUUGGAAGACCGAAUAAGGUGACAACUGUUGACAGAUUUCAAGGUCAACAGAAUGAUUAUAUUCUUCUUUCUCUGGUACGAACCAGGGCAGUGGGCCAUCUGAGGGAUGUCCGUCGCUUAGUGGUGGCCAUGUCUAGAGCCAGACUUGGACUUUAUAUCUUCGCCAGAGUGUCCCUCUUCCAAAACUGUUUUGAAUUGACUCCAGCCUUCAGCCAGCUCACGGCCCGCCCGCUUCAUUUGCAUAUAAUUCCAACAGAACCUUUCCCAACCAGUAGAAAGAAUGGAGAGAGACCAUCUCAUGAAGUACAGAUAAUAAAGAAUAUGCCCCAGAUGGCAAACUUCGUAUACAACAUGUACAUGCAUUUGAUACAGACCACACAUCAUUAUCAUCAGAAUUUAUUACAGCUACCACCUGCUAUGGUAGAAGAAGGUGAAGAAGUUCAAAGUCAGGAGACAGAAUUGGAAACAGAAGAAGAGGCCAUGCCUGCUCAAGCUGACGUCACACCUGGUCUAACAGAUGCCAGCUCCAGUCAAGAGACCUCAGCCUCUCAGACUGAGACCACUGUCACCCUCCAUGAGACUGAGGCCACCCCCAGUGAGACAGGAGCCAGUUCCAGUCCAGAGGCUGUCUCUGCCGUCUCCGAGAUGACUGCUGCCAUGGCAGGACCUGUAGGUGUGCCAGGGGAGAGUAACACCCCUCAGGAGGCCACGUCUGCCCCCGGAGAACCCAAGUAGCCAAACCGUAGCCCUGCUUAGGGAGGACAUUGCAUUUAUAAAGUCUAGGUAAAGUUACUUUUUAUAUUUUACACGUGCUUCUGCCAUUUUAAUGGUACUAAUAGAUAUUCCAUCCUUAAUUUUGUUGGUUGAUCUCAGUGUUCGUGUUCUUGGAUAUAUUUUUUAAAGUGUAUGUGUAUGAACAACUCCAAUUUUAUUUGUUCAGUCAGAGGAGUAAUUAACCAUUCCUUUUGAUAUUCUGAUCAUUAACUAUCUGUAAUCAUACUUACAAUUAAAAGAAUUUUCUACUGAAUAAUGGUUCACAUUUUUAGUGAACUUUUCUAAAGAAAAUAUACAAAUAUUUACAGGAAUUAAGCAUAAAUGGCUUUAAGCCAAGUGUCCAAAUUGAGAAGGAAAUCAUUUCUUCUGUCACAGUAUAAGAUGCUCAAAUCAUGUUUCUUUUUAUCCCUCCUUCCUUUGCUGUCUUCCUUGGUAGAGAGGCUUUAACACCAUAGGAUAUAGGUUGUUCCAAUGCGAAGUGGUUACAUGUGUUUUGUCCCCCCAAAUCUCAGAAUGUGUUAGAGUCACCUAGAAAGUCUGUUUAUUCUUGGGGCCACUCCAGACCUAAUGAGUCAGAAUCUCUGGAUCAGAGCCCAGGAACCUGCAUUUUUGCAGCUGCUACACCAUUAAUGUUUGAGUUGCUGGCCAAGUGGCAUCAGAUAAGGCUGGUUUGUCUGAGUCAAGAUUCGUCAUUCAGCUAGGCAAGAAGAAUCUGGCAGAUCCACCUGCGCGGGAACAAAGAUCUGGAGUCUGGGUAGUGAGAAUCAGCGAGCUUAAUUAACUCCCAUGUGCAGAAUGGAUUUCUUCCAAUGCAGAGGUUCAGAGUUUUCCACCCUGUUCUCUUAAAAGACAACUACCCACAAGAAGACCUUAGUUUGGUAAAAUGUACUCCAGAUUUGGGAUGGCAGCGGUACUAGGACCUUGCUACUCAAGGUGGUUUGCAGGUCAGCAUCAGCGUCAUUGCAUUGAAACUUGUUAGAAACGCAGAAGUUUGGGCUCUACCCCAGACCUGUUAAAUCGGAAUCUGCAUUUCAGCAAAGUCCCCAGGUGAUUCAUAUGUACUUUGUAGUUUGAAAAACACUACGAUUACUGUGCUGUCCUCACAUGAACGAGAGGUAAAGUGAUGAUUCUGUGAUGGUAGAAUUAACAUGAGUGAGACUGAUGUUUUCUGACAAGGGCCCUCUGCUUAUAUGGUGACCAGAGAAGAGAUGCGCAUGUGUGUGCAGGUGGGGGAACUGCCCACUCGCUCUCUCUUCCCCGUUCCCACACUGCUAGAGUGGCCGAGGGGAGCAUUUCCCCAGUGUCUCCUCUAGUGCAUCUACCUCUAGGCUGGACCAUGUCCAAUGAACCUUUGAAGAAUUAAGCGAGCACCGCAUGCUGCCAGUGAAAUGCUUCUGGUCUUGACAUUCUGAAGGAAUGAUGAAUUCAUAAGGAAAUUAAAGUCAAUGAUAUUUUUGAAUGACUACUGUUUGCUUAACUUUACCAGGCCGUGCUGGGUAUGAUCAGACUCUCAUCUUACAGUGUGUCCUGCUGCAUCAGAACACAUGUGUAAAUGUUGUGUGAGGAAAGGGAAAACGAAAGUGAUGGGAUGAUAACAGGGGGAGGGAAAUGCCAAGGAAAGCAACCCAGGAGACCUGUCUGUCGUCUAAGCCAGGAUGGAGCCAAACAGUCUGUUACAUAAUUUCUCUGAUUAUAAGAAUUUGAAAGCAGGUGUUGUGGGCAUCUGUAUGAGACUAGCACUCAAAGAGUUAUUUUCACUUGUAAAUAUAUGUAGGCAAGAGGGAAAGAAGCUUUGCCGUAUUACUGUCUUCCCUGGAAAAGAUUGGUUUUUCUGUCUGCCCUUGAGAGGAUAUGAAUCAUGAUACCUGCAACCAAAAUAAGCAAACUGUUGUGCUGCUUUCUCCUCAAAUAAACCGUUUUUCCUAA